AUGUUCAGGCAUCUCUCUUCCUCCCACACGAACUUGAAACGAGGGCUGCGGUUCUUCGGUACCGCCUCAGCGCAAAAGCAAGCCAUUGCGGGCACGGUUAGACCACAUUGGAACUAUGUCCUUUUGCACACUCAUCGUCCCCCGUCCGCGUUCGAACCCAAGCCAAAGUCGCCGCUGGAUCGUGCGCUCGCAAUGCGGGCGCGCGAGUGGGGUGGCCUCGUAAACUUCUCGUGGUCGCCAGAGCAGCGCGUGAGUGAUGCGUACGCGGGCCUCCCUGGUGCCGCAGCCGAGGGUGAAGCAGAGGUGUACGCCGCGACGGUGUGGACUGCGGACCAGCGACGGUUGGACGUGCCCGAGGUCUCGCUCAGGAACCUGGACGCCGUGGAAGCACAGAUGCGCGCGCACGCGCUCGGUCAGGGCCCUAGUGGAUGCGCGCCGGACCUCCAUCUAUAUGUGUGCACGCACGGCGCACGCGACUGCCGGUGCGGUGAGACGGGGGGCGAGGUUGCGCGGGCGCUGCAGGCGGAGGUGGAGAGGCGCGGAAUUGCGGACGAGGUCGGCGUUGGAUGUGUGGGGCAUGUUGGCGGGCAUAAGUACGCGGCGAAUGUCCUGGUGUUCCCUUAUGGUGAUUGGUUGGGUACUGUGCAAGCAGUAGACGUCCCUGGUAUCUUGGAUGAGAUCCUUGAGCGACAUGGAAGUGCUGGCUCCCACGAAGGCCAGCUGCCUCCACUCUGCCCGCCGUUCUGGCGAGGGCGCAUGGGGCUAGACAAAGACCAGCAGCUCGCGUUGUUCUCUGCGCAGGGAUGA